AUGAAGAAGUUGAACAAUCUUAAGAAGAAACAGAAGAUGAAAGCUAAAAAAUCAAAAACACUAAAAGUGACAGAUGAUUUUGAGGAUUCUAAUGACACAGAAAACAUAGAAUCACUGAAAGGCAUAACUCAUGUUCAACAAAAAUUGAAAAAGAAGAAGAAGAAAAUGAAAGUAAUAAAUGGAACAGCAGAAAGUGGAGAAACACACUCAGAGACAGCAGAUGAAAUAUCACAGAAAAAGAAGAAAAAGAAACGGAAACUAGAAGAAACAACAGAGGUUCCGACCAAGAAAGUAAAACAGGAAUAUAUAGAACGUCAUAGUGAAGAAAAUAGCUCAAGUGGUGAGGACGAAGAUGUUUCACAAAAUGAUGAAGAUGACAGUGAAGGGUUUGUAGAUGAUUCUAGUGAAAAGGAUGAGACAACUGAGGAUGCUAACAAUGUUGAAUCCAAAUUGCCUGGGUCAGAUUUGGGAGCUGGUAUCCUGUCAGACACUUCAUUCACAUCUUUAGAAGGCAAGGUAUCAGAACAGACCAUGAAAGGAAUACAAGAUAUGGGUUUUACACAUAUGACAGAAAUACAGGCCCAGACUAUACCACAUCUGCUGGAGGGCAGAGAUCUGAUGGGAGCAGCUAAGACUGGCAGUGGUAAAACAUUAGCAUUUCUAAUCCCAGCUGUGGAGCUACUCAACAAACUUCGCUUCCUACCCAGAAAUGGCACAGGGUGUAUAGUUAUCUCCCCAACACGAGAGCUGUGCAUGCAGAGUUUUGGUGUGGUGAAGGAACUACUGAAACACCACUUUCAUACAUAUGGUCUCAUCAUGGGAGGGACUAACAGGGCUGAAGAAGCCAAAAAACUCUCAAAGGGUGUGAACCUGAUUGUGGCUACUCCUGGACGGCUCCUUGACCACUUACAGAAUACUCCUCACUUCAUGUUCAAGAACCUUCAGUGUCUUAUAAUUGAUGAAGCUGACAGAAUUUUAGACAUCGGUUUUGAAGAAGAGAUGAAGCAGAUCAUCAAACUUUUACCAAAAAAAAGGCAGACCAUGCUGUUUUCAGCGACACAAACACGGAAAAUUGAGGACCUAGCAAAAGUCUCUCUUAAAAAGGAGCCAUUGUAUGUUGGUGUGGAUGAUGGUAAAGAGAAAGCUACAGUGGAAGGCCUUGAGCAGGGAUAUGUGGUGUGUCCGUCGGACAAAAGGUUUUUACUUCUGUUUACUUUCCUGAAGAAGAACAGAGGGAAGAAAAUCAUGGUGUUUUUGAGCUCCUGUAUGUCCGUCAAAUUUCAUCACGAACUUCUCAACUAUAUAGACCUGCCUGUCAUGUGUAUCCAUGGUAAGCAAAAACAACAGAAGCGCACACAGACAUUCUUCCAGUUCUGUAAUGCCAAAGAGUCCAUCUUAUUAUGUACGGAUGUGGCUGCCCGUGGUCUAGACAUUCCACGGGUGGAUUGGAUUGUGCAGUACGAUCCUCCAGAUGAUCCAAAGGAAUACAUCCACAGAGUUGGACGGACAGCUCGGGGGGAUGGAGGAAUUGGUCACGCCCUUCUCAUUCUGCGCCCAGAAGAACUUGGUUUUCUUCGCUACCUCAAACAUGCCAAGGUACCGCUGAAUGAGUUUGAGUUUUCCUGGAGCAAGAUCUCAAAUAUACAGCCACAGCUGGAGAAACUGAUAGAAAAGAACUAUUUCCUGAAUAAGUCAGCAAAGGAGGCAUACAAAGCCUAUGUGAGGGCUUUUGCUUCACACAGUUUGAAGAACAUCUAUGAUGUCAACAGUCUUGACCUGUUGAAGACGGCACUGUCCUUCGGCUUCAAGGUGCCACCUUUUGUGGACUUGGAAGUAUAUGGCAGCAAAGGUAGGAAGGUCCAGAAACGAGGAGGAGGAGGAGGAGGAGGCUUUGGUUACCAAAAACCACAGAAACACAACAGCAAAAAAUUUGUUUACAAACAAGUGAAGAAAAAAUAGCAAGUUGAGGAUGUUUUAUGUAUUGUGUGGAAGUCAAGAUAGGGAGGUUAUAAAUGAUCACUAACACAACUUAGCAUAUAUUUCAUCACUUUGUAUGUUUGAUAAGGAUAUGACUAGAGGCUACACAUAGCAUACCAUAUUACCAUAUUGAGAGGAAUUUGAAUAUUUUUCACUUUAAUGUGAAUGAGGCAGUUAGUAAAAUGGUUUAGACUGAAAUGUUAUUUACUUACUGGUCUUACCUUUUUUCUGAACUUGAGCCAACAAACAUUUCUUUUUUAUCGGAAACAUGUUUGUUAUGUGGCUUGCCCCACGGCAAUGUACUGUAUUGUACAUGUUAUCCUGUUUAAUUACAUAGAUAACUUGGUUGGAGCCAAAUGUUUUAAUGUUACAAGAAUUAUUACUAAAUCAGAUUAGAUAAAAGCAAAAUAAAACAAAACAGACAGUUUGUGUAAUUAUAAACAGGUUGUUGAGUAUUGAUACAGCUAUACUUUAAAUAAUAUAAUACAUAUAAAGAUAUACCUAAUAUUGGUAAAAGUGCAUUAUCAACAUAAUGUACAGAUUGUAUAAAUGAUUUAUACUAAGUACACAAUGAGAAUGAUGAUAAACAAACAAGCUGCAUUAUCAAAAUAUGUGUAAACCCAGCCUAAGGGUGUUUGAUGCAAAGGAUACACUAUUAUGUAAUGUUAGUGUUCAGUUUUCAUGUAGAACCUUUUUGACUAGCAUAGUACAUAUGUACAUCAUUUUAUUAUUAACAUACCUAAUAUGUUACACUGUUUCAAAUGUUACGCUGUGUUAAAUGUUACACUGUGUUAAACGUUACACUGUAUAAAGUUUUACACUUUGUAAAAUGUUACACUGUUAAACAUUACACUGUGUUAAAUGUUACACUGUGUUAAAUGUUACACUGUGUUAAACAUUACGCUGUAUAAAAUGUUACACUGUGUUAAAUGUUACACUGUAUAAAAUGUUACACUGUGUUAAACAUUACACAGUUAAAUGUUACACUGUAUAAAAUGUUACACUGUUUUAAAUGUUACACUGUGUUAAAUGUUACACUGAGUUAAACAUUACACUGUGUUAAAUGUUACACUGUGUUAAACAUUACACUGUAUAAAAUGUUACACUGUGUUAAAUGUUACACUGUAUAAAAUGUUACACUGUGUUAAAUGUUACACUGUGUUAAACAUUACACUGUAUAGAAUGUUACACUGUGUUAAAUGUUACACUGUAUAAAGUUUUACACUUUGUAAAAUGUAACUGUGUAUUAAAUGUUACACUGUAAAAUAUUACGGUAUAUAAAAUGUUACAGUGUAUCAGACAAUUCGAGAUCAUUAUAACUAUACUUCAGUUUCCUAUUAAAACAUUGCUGGUACAUCUUUUGGUCGGUCAUGCUGUUACAUCUAUCAGAAUGAGAGAACAAGAUCACAUAGUGAGGUAGACAUGUUACUGUAAGUGUACAAAUGUCAGUUUACCACUUCACACUGUAGUAUAGUCUGUUGUUGAUGAGUAAAUGUAUUAUUUUCUCAUUUCAAUAAAAUAUGUCU